GCUCUCCAGGACGGGCCGGCUCUCCCCCCGCCGCCCCCCCGGGCGCCGGGCAGGGCUGCGGGGGAGGCUCGGCCGGCGGCUCCACCAUGGCUCGGCCUGCGGGGCAGAGAGCGGCGGCGGGUGCACCUUAAUAUGGUUUGCUUUAAUAAGGAAGGAUAUGGUACUUCCCGAACAACUUUCCAGGAUGGCCCAGGACAAGGAUACAGAGCAAAAGAAGGACCCAAAAAGGCUUGGGAGUUCUUAGCGGAAAGCUGAUGAGCAGAAGUUCUAGGUGUGUGAAUCAACCUAUCGUCGCUGAAUCAUCAGUUCAAUGUGGCUAAUUUGACAACCGUUGUAUGCCAGCCUGUGUCAAUAUCAGACCAAGGUGGUCCUGAUCAACCAGAUCUUUCAGAAAUUUUUUGAAAAGAAACCUUGGGGGUGAAAGAUGUGCCAUGGAAUGGUAGCAUCAAAGAGCAACACAGGAUCAUCGCUUGCUUCGGCUGGCCAUGGGUUAUUUCGUCUGCUAGUUAUCUUUGGUUCCUUUAUCUUGGAAGCACAGUCCACAGGUUGGCUAAGCAAAUCCAAAGGACCUGCAUAUUGUCCCCAGCCACCACAACCUGAGAAUGGAGGCUAUAAAUGCCACCCUAGCCCCUGCAACAACCCUCUGACUUCAGGCAGUGUCAUAGAAUAUCUGUGUGUUGAAGGCUACAUGCUGAAAGGAGAUUAUAAGUACUUGACAUGCAAGAAUGGAGAGUGGAACCCAGCCAUGGAAGUCAGCUGCAGACUUAGCCCAGAGAAGGACUCUCCUCCCACAAUUGGAGUGCCCACGCUGUCCAUAGUAGCCUCCACAGCGAGCUCUGUCGCCCUGAUUCUGCUGUUGGUUGUGCUGUUUGUGUUGCUGCAGCCAAAGCUGAAGUCGUUCCAUCACAGCAGGCGGGACCAAGGUGUGUCUGGAGAUCAGGUCUCUAUUAUGGUGGAUGGUGUCCAAGUGGCCUUGCCAUCCUAUGAAGAAGCAGUAUAUGGCAGCACAGGGAAUUGCAUUCCACCCUCAGACUCCCGAGUGCAGAUCGUGCUCUCAGAGGGAGCUGGACAGACUGGACCCAGAGAGAUGCAGCAGCAGGACCAAGGGGCUCACAAUACCUUUGAAAGAGAAGAUGAAGCCCCUGGACAUUCUGGACUGUGUGAAGCCAGUGGCUCUCAGCGCUCUGAAACUGUUCUUGUGCAUCAGGCUGCUACCUCUUCCUGGGUAGCUGGCAUGGCUAGCAGUAGACCUGUACACAAAGAGGUCCAAGAUUCAGAAAGCAGUGACAUACAGAGCCUUUUAUCACUCACUUCCUCUGAGGAAUACACAGAUGAUAUUCCCUUAUUGAAGGAAGCAUGAGGUCUGCUGUGUUUGUCUAGUUUUCUCCAUUUUGGAUUUCUUCCUCCUCUUCUCUCCCUGCCUUUGGGACAGAAGCACUCUGUGCAGUCUUCCCCAUCCUCGCAAGCUGUACCCUGGAUACCUCCAAGAAGAGAUGCCCUCAGCUGAAGAUCCAAAGGAUGUCACCAGGUUGCCUCCUGGAUGCACCUGUGGAGUUGGUGCAGCACUGGCUUCCCCAUUCCAUCAGCAUCAGGGGCUCAAGGAACAGAGUGGAUUUGAGCUCUCCUCUCCUCUUCCCUAGCCAGAUGUUUGACAGCAGUCUCUGAAGAGCUGCUCUUUUCUUGUGCCUUUCUCCUCCUCACACCGGCUUGUUGCAGCUUAUCAGCCUUUCUAGCCCUUUGCUGCCCAGAGAGCAGGGGCUAAACCUGCUUGCUCACUGGGUGCAGACACACUUUAAAUAUACAUAUAUCUGUUAUAUAGGCUCUUCUUCCAGCAUCCUCUGUGUGAUAGGGCAGGACAGAAUGCCUAACUGGGACUGGCAUUGGCCUUGGGGGGGCUGCAGUUAAGGGGCAGCUUGUGAUGUCUAGAAGCACCUGAGAUGAGAUGGGCUGUGUGACAGCUUAGCUCUGCAGGAACAGUUCACUGAGAAUUGCUUAAAAACUGAAGGCUGAGAAGUCCAACAUGUAGGAAUGCCCUCUGUCCCAUCUCUGCAGGAGUCCAUUCCUGAAAAUGACUUUUGUCUCCUCCUUCUUCCUCUACCAGUGCAGCCCAGUGGAAGAGGUUCAGGUGUUUGAAAAUACCAUGACAAAAAAUGCCUGUAGGUAGUGAAUUCCUAGUGCAAUUGGUGCAAUCCCAAAUUCCUUUUCCAGCCACAGUAGGUACUUGAAUCCUGGGUAGCUGCCAUCUCGUAGGCUGGUGUGUCUUCCUUGCUUCAUAGAGCAAAGGGUCUUCUGUUUUAACCUGCUGGGCUCCAGUGGGCCCAUAGAGAAGGGCUCCUCCCUUGUGGCUGGGAGUAAGCAGGUUUUGUAAUGCUUUUCCUAAACACAGUGCCAGCCUGUUGCUCUGAGGGAAAGUUGAGUGCACUGACAGCAGUGCUAGAGGACACCAUAGCUUAGUGCUGAAGUUUUGAGGAUUGUUUCAAGUUCUGGUAGUAGGGAAGAGAAAAUUCAGAGAUACGUGUACCUCUGCCCACCACAGUUAUCUACAGCAGGUCAGAUUGUCUGUGUUGGGACUCUAUAACUGCAGGAAGCCACGUUUGUCUGGGGUAGAUGGUCCAAGUUCCAUGGGAUUGGUUUCACAAGAAGAGUUGGCUUCUUAGAUGCAUGUACCUUGUCAUAACUGUCUUGAAGUAACCAGGGAAGUGUUUGCCCUUAUGAGAAGCUGCUACAUUUUUUGAGUUGAAGGAGCAAAAUGUCAUGGCCUUACACAUGAUGUGGUAAUGUACAGGUAAACAGGGAUGCUGUCUUUGCUGCUUUGCUUUUGGUUUGCAAUCCUCACCGUCCUCAUCCUCAUUGCUACAGUUAAAAAACCAUUACAGCACUUGACAAUAAUGAUAAAACAUCUUUACGUAGAAAAUCACUGUGGCUUAGCUCCAGUUCUUUGAAAUGGGGAUUGGCCAUAGUGUCCAGCUGUGUAUUUGCUAUUCCUUUUCCUGAAUAGCUGUUAAAUCCCAGGACAUGUGGAACAGUGUGUGCCUGUAGAUGGAAGAAUCCUCUUUUCCCUAUCCUUGUUAUUGAGAGAUGUUAAUUUAAAAUGAAAGUGUUUUAAACAUCCUUCCCUGUUGCUCAUGUUACCUUGCAUUAACACGGGAAUUUGAUAAAUCCCAUUUGGGUGAUUUAGGUAUUUUUUUUAAAGUUUGGAUAGUGAAAAUUUUGUGUCAUUUUACAGUGGGCUGUGGUAUCUCAGCUUCAAGAGCUGUAGAGGACAAAUGUUGUUUACACAUUUGCCAUUGGAAUUUUUAAAAAUAAGCAUGGGGACAAUUGUGUUUAGCUUUUUGAGUGUUGGAAAUGGUCUGAGCUUGAGUAAAUUCUCCUUCAUUGGUUUAUUGGAGGAGUUGAGCAGGUGUAGUGGUAAGGGAGUGGGGAGGAAAGUCUGUGUGACUUUCCUACUGCCUAAACAGCUCAGAGCAGGAGUUGCUUUUUAUGCAUUUAAGGUCCUGUCUGCUCCAACUGACCCUCUGCAAUUCAAGGUAUAGAAGUUGGGAACGUGUUGCCUUCCUGAAAGGGGUAGUGCUACUUCCAGGUUGGUGGGAGAAGCUGGAAGCUGAUCCCAAGGCCUUGUGCUGGAUGACCACCUACACCACCAGAAGAAAACACAUCCUUUGUGGCCUGGCCUCCUCUCUGCUGUUGUAAAACAAGCAACAGCCAGCUUGGAAGAGAAAAUUCAGUUAGAGUGGGGAAAAAAAGGAAGCAAGCUCUACAAAGAGGGAGUACUUUAAUUUCACAGAAUCACACAGAAUUAAGUAGGUUGUAAAAGACCUUUAAGACCAUCAAGUCCAACCUGUGACUGAACACCACUUUGUCAACUAGACCAUGGCACUGAGUGACUCCACCACCUCCCUGGGCAUCCCAUUGCAGUGCCCACUCACUCUUUCUGUGAAGAAUUUCUUUCUAAUGCCCAGCCUAAACUUCCCUGACGCAGCUUAAGACUUUACCUGGGAGCAGAAACUGACCCCCACCUGGCUACAUCCUCCUUUCAGGAAGUUGUGGAGAGUGAUAAGGUCUCCCCAAGCCUCCUCUUUUCCAGGCUGCACAACCCCAGCUCCCUCAGCCUCCUCAUAGGAUUUGUGCUCCAGACCCUUCACCAGCCUUGUUGCUCUUGUCUGGAUGCAUUUGAGCAUCUCAAUGUCCUUCCUAAAUUGGGGGGCCCAGAGCAGGACACAGCACUCAAGGUGAGGCCUCACUUGCUGAGUUCAGGGGGCCAGUCCCUGCCCUGGUCCUGCUGGCCACACUGCUCCUGGUACAGGCCAGGAUGCCAUUGGCCCUUUUGGUCACCUGGGCACACUCUGGCUCAUGUUCAGUCUGACAGCAGACAGUGAGCCCAGGGUUCUUCUGCUUGGCAGCUGUCCAGGAGCUCUUCCCCCAGCCUGUAGCACUGCAGGGGGUUGUUGUGGCCAAAGUGCAGCACCUGGCCCUUGGUUUUGUUAAAGCUCGUAACAUUGGAUUCUAUAAGAAUUGUUGGAAAUGGCUUUUAAUGAGUUGGGGAAAUGUGGAGGUGGAGGAGGGAAAUAUGCAAGUGUAGCUAUUGUGAUCAAGCAUAAACAGGCAGUUUCUCUUCGCUUGUUGAGGGUGUGCCAGCAGCUUCCAGGCCAGUCUCCAUGCUGGCUGGUAAUCCAUCUGAUUAUUCCAGAUCCUGCAGAAGAGCUCUAUUCCCUGUAGCAAAUCUUGUGAGAACAGGCCCCAAGGAUCUGUGUGAGCCAGAAUAUGGAACACAGUUUGAAAGCAUCACAUUGCUCAUCUAUAUCCUCAGCUUUAGAGUUAAUUUUCUUAUAAAAUGAGGUGAAACAGCUGGGAAGAAAUCCAAAAGAUGUCUGACAACUUUUUCAAAGGGGAGGGAGAGCAAGGCCUCACUUUACUGGUUAUCAAAUUAUUAUUACCCAUUCAUGUUUGUUUUAGUUCUGCAGAGGCUGAAGGAGUGCGAAGUCUUUGGGUAGAGAUACAGGAAAUCAACUUUGUACAGUCCUGUCUUUAUGUGUGGGAGCAAGGCCUGAAGCCUUGCUCAGAUGUGAACUGUGCUCUGCCUCAGAAGUGUUUGUUAUCGCUGAGCUGAGUGUGUUCUCUCUGGAUUUUGCCAAAAGUAGAUGCAGCCUGGAUCUCAGUGUUGUGGAUAGGAAGCACAGAGGAUCAGCCUUGCAGAUGUAGUACAGUAAAUGGGGUUUUCCCCCUUUUUUUUCCCCCUGAUGGGGCCACACUCUCCAUACCUUUUCUUCCACCACUGAUGUCUGGGAGAAGAUUUCAACAGGAGGCAUUUUUUCUUAUUUAACACUCCCAACCUAAUCAUCUCAUGCUUUGUCAUAUGUGCUGGAUUCUGUGAUAUUCAAGAACAUUAAAAUUAUUUAAUUAUAUUGAGAAAAGUAAAAAUAGCACUUAUUUUAAAGCUUUCCAUUAUUUUUGGAGUCUGACAGUUGAGGGGGGGGAGGGCAUUUCAGAAAUUCAGGAUAUUAUGUGCAAUAGAGAAACUUCCUUGCUCCUUUCCAGUUCCAUAGUUCUUUUAAAAACUAAAUGCAACUCAUUGCAGUGUUUACAGCCCAAGCAUUGUAGAACUGGACCAGCCUGAGAGAACCACGAUGUGAAGCUGGCAGUGACCCAUGGGGAAGUGGGCCAGUCUCUCAUCAGGGGCUGCAUCAUGAAGCUCACCUCAAAUGAUAAGCCAGCUUGGACUGUGUCACAGCCUCCUGCCGCCUUGAAGGGUGUCAGCAGCACUGGUGAGAGAGGGGAUUGUGUGUUCUGGUUUCAAAUAGCUCGUGCCUCCCCAUCAUUAAUUGCAGAAGAUGUAAAAAUUAAGUCAGGAGGGAUGCACUGAAGCAUGUGAGCCUUUGGGGUUGUUGCUGAGUUGAAACAUCAUGAGUUUUGGAGGGAGAACAGCUUAAUGCAUUUUUAUCCUUAACCACCAGGGAAGUUGCUGGGUAGCAGGACGUGUACUCAGCAAGCAGAGUGCUUUUCACCCCUUGGACAUGUCUGCUGAAGUUUCUCCUUGGCCUUUCAGCUCUGGUGUGGUGAAUUGUUUACUGCAUCUGGAGUCUUAAUUUGGCCUUUCAGUGUGUGGAGAACUCAGGUGUGUAGGAAGAAAUCUGUACCACAUGCUUUGGGAAGAAACAUCCUAAGGUGCUCCAAGAGGUGGAUGACUUGGGUCAGUACUCAGGAGUGGGGCUAAGAGAGCAACUGACUCAGCCAUUGGAAAUAAUCUGGGAUGAUUCAGUUGUUUGCAGCACAGAAAAGGGAACACAAGGAGCUGUCUAAGGAAGAGCAGAAAACAGAGGUUUACUACAGGCUAAUGAGCUAUUGCAAUCAUGACCAGGUUGUAAGGAAGCUUGUGCUUUGUUAGAUGAUUUAGCAUACACCAGCAGGCUUGCUGUAUUAAAAAAAAAUAAUGUACAACUGGUUGGACACACUGAGCUGUCCUUGCUGACCUUUUUAGAACAUGCUUGCAAAAAAUGUGGUUUUACUGUUCUGAUAGCAGUUUAAACAAAAAAUCUGCCUUGUUACUCUAUCCAGAUAUCUAUUUAAAUAAAUUCCACUUUGGUUUUUUUUGUAUAUAAAUGCAAUAAAUCCCAUUCAUUUUGCACAUUCUGCCUCACCCUAUCCUCACCCUUCAGUCCUUACCAGGGAACAGCAGAUUGAAUUUGCUCUAUGUGAAAACCUUCACUUGCAGAAGAGCUUCAUUAGUAAACAGUUUUUCUCUGCUAUAAGCUUUGAAAGUGCAAAGAGGUUUCCUAGAUCAGGCUUCAUUUUAAGGUGUUUUUUAUACAAGAAGUAAGCCUUCUUCCAGUCCUAGCACGCCAGGACAGAACCCUGUCCCUUCCCACACUUCAGGGCCCUGUGUUCAGCACUGCUUUCACACUCAGCCCUCUGCAGGUGAUGUUCAGAUCUCUGUACCCACCAGAACAUGUUGUACUGAUGCUCUGCAUAUGCUUUCUGUAAACUAUGCUUUUGCUUCUGUCCUUGAGUGAGAUCAGACAGAGGCAACUGAGUUCUGCUGGAAAAUGUUUUAGUUCAGAUUCUCCAAGUUGCUUCCUCCUAAAAGAAGACAAGAGUGAAGUUGUCUGUGAGGCAGAAGUCCUCUGCCUCACAGACUGUGGUGGGUAGACUGCUGGUAGUUGCUGAUCCAAGUGCAAGGGGAGCUUGAUUGCCUUUCUGCAUUAAUCUUUUCUUUCUUGUAUGUGUUUUCUUUUUAUCUGAAUUGCACCACUAUGGAAUUAUUUGCAGAAUGGUACUCCAUAUAUAUGUGGGAUUUAAAACCAUAACUGAUGCUGUGCAGGAUGUCACUCAAUCAGUUUUAUUUUGCUUUAUUUUAUAUGUAUUUUCUGGUAUCCUGUACAUUGCAGUGGGUGUGAAAAUAGUAUUUUAAUAUUUGUACAAAGUUUAAUUUAAUUGUUCUAUGUAUAUAACUGCAUUUCUAAAUUAAAAAAAUUCUUUUGAAGUGAA